GCCUUCGUUGUGGCAGCAACAAAAUUUAUUCUAUCUCUCAUUUUCUACAGUCGAGUCGAAUUUGCGGGCGCACUGAAUUCAUUUGAAGAUUCGCGUUGGCGUUACUCUUUGCUUUUUGUUGUUGCUAUUGUUUGUUCUUAUUGUUCACUGCAUUGUUAUUGUUUUGUACUGUGGCUGUGCUGACUGGCUGAUUGACUUUUUCUAUUUGGAGCAGCAAAGAUUUGCUCCAAAUCGCGCGAUCAGUUGCCGCUGUUGGUUGGUGUUGCAAAAGCGUGAAACGUACAAAAUAAAUACAAAAUACGAGUAAAUAACACAGAAAAAGAAGUUCACAAAAAUACAAAAAAAAAAAAACACAUCAACAAAAGGAGCAAAGGGAGUGACUGGCUCCCUGGUGGCAAAGGAGUGUUGCGGAAUUACUCAAGAAAAACACACAAAUGCAGCGAGCACGCGGUCAGUAGCACGGUCAGGCGGAGCGCUAAUACACAAAUACAUUUCCUGAGUAGAGAAGUGGAAUCGAAGAGAGAUGUGUUACAUCAUCAUCACCGGUGGCAGUCUAGUCUGGUUCGUGUUGAGCCUGAUAGCCGAUAUGUUAAUCGCCUCUGCGAUAGUCACACCCAAAUGGCUGAUUGGGCCCAAUCCAACGCUGGUCAGUGUCGGCUCCAGCGCAUCCAUACAAACGAGUGCGCAAGAGGUCCAAAACGAUACACACUUGGUGUCGCUGGUGCCAACGGUGCGCUACCCCUCCGUGGGCAUUUAUACGCGUUGCAAGGUGAUGCAUAGCUAUGGCUAUCAUUGUGGUCCCUUCGACUUGGAUGGCUUUGCGACGGACAACAGCGUCUAUCCGGUUGCGUGGAAGUUCACGAUGUUCUUUAUGUCACUGGGCUUUGCGGUGCACUCGAUAACGGUGGCGUUGACGCUCAUCACUUGUUGCCGGCAAUCGGCAUUUGGCAAGAGCAUACACAAUAUGACGGGCUGCGCGCAAGUUGUGUCAGCGAUCAGUAUUAUGUUGGCGCUUUUUCUACAUCCGCUUGCCUGGGGUGUGCCUAGAGUGCAGUUGUUGUGCGGUGCUGACGCCGAGCCAUUUUAUCCCGCCAGCUGUUCCAUUGGCAUUUCCAUCUAUUGCGCCGUGGUGGCAGCGGUACUCUGCUUCAUUUGCGCCGGCAUCAGUCUGAAGGCAGAGUCGUCAAAUAUGCGCUCGCGUGUAAAACGCCGCGUUGAGGAGGGCAAUCGAUUGGUGUGCAUUCCAUGAUUAUUAGCGAUUUCUUGUAGAAUUAAAAAAAAAACAAAUCCUCGAUAAGUCGCAUCAAAUGUUGUACUUCGAAUUUUUAUAUUAUAUUACUGUGUUGUAAAUUUUUUUAUGUAUGUAUGUCUGUGUAGGUGUGUAUUUUCCCAAUAGAAAUAUGUAAUAGCUUAAGCUGCUUUAACUGUAUUUUUUUUUUUUUUUUGAUUUAAGUAUUACAAACUAUUACUUACACAAACUCCAGUGACAUAUUUUUUGUAUGUUCUAUAUUUAGAUAUUUAGGAACAGUACAGUUAUUAACGGUAUAAUUACAUACUUUAAAUAUAAUAUUUACACCUAAGUGUCUUUUAUGAGGCGUAUAAUUAUAAAAGCCAGCUUUGGCGCAAGAGAAGUGCGAAUAAAUCUAACGAAUCUCCCGAAUAAGUUUACAUUUUUUGAUAAGCUAAUCAUUCGAUUUAGAAUAUUUACAAACAUCCCUCAAACAAACUAAAAUUGCUAUUGAAUGAAAACAGGUCUGUUCAUGAAGCAAAUAAUUUGUAUUUGUAAUUCUCAAGUUUUGCUGUUCAUGUACACACAGAGAACGUUAAUGUAUAGAGAAGUCUCACGAGCUACGAAGAGUGUGAAUUGUCUCCAAGAUCAUGGCCGCCAAGAUCAUGUGAUUUGACACCGUUGGACUUCUUUCUUUGGGUAAUUUGAAAGAAAAGGUGUACGUCGAUAAGCCAGCAACAAUUCAAGAGCUAAAGGAUGAGAUAAUUCGACACAUUAACGGCAUAGAACCUCAAUUAUGCCUCAGCGUCAUCGAAAAUUUGGACCAUCGGAUGGAGGUGUGCCGCCGAGGCCGCGGCGGCCAUUUGGCUUAUAAUUU